GAGGCCUUCAGCAUGAUAUUUGAAAACCGGGAUUGAAAAAUUGUUUUAUACAGUGCUUUAAAGAAAAGUUUGGAGAUUUGGGGAGGGAUUUCCAAGACUGGUGACAGUAGGAUGAUUGAAUUCAUAGAUGACCAACAAGCAGGGUGUGAAGGGGGUCUCAGUGAUAAGACCACAGAGAGAUUUGAAAACAAGGAUAGGACAUUUAAAAGCAAGAGCAGGUGUAGAUUAUUGAAUUUAUUACAGGAAUGUUUGCUGGAAGGAUUGGGGAGUUUCUUUGAAGUGAGAGAUAGGAGGCCAGUGAACAAGGAGAGCAUGAUGAAUUGAAACAUGAUUGGAAUUGUCAAGGAUGGUUAGUCACUUGGUGCUGAGGAUGAAAUCUUGUUUAGAGAAAAAUGUUCUGUGGAAAGGGGUAGAAAGGGGCAGUGAUAGCAAAAUGCUUGGCAGGAUGAACGAGAUCAGCAUUGGAGUGAAGUGAAUUAGAUUGGACAGAGCAAGAUUAUCAUGAACAUAUCACUUGUAGCACCAGGGGUCCCAAUACUUUCGACUGCUGUUCAACUACGAUUAGGAAUGCCUACCGCUUGAUCCCUCGACCACAUUUCAGGAAAUCUGAUCAUCUGGCUGUCCUCCUACCUGCAUACAGCCAGAGGCUAAAGAGCAGGGAGGGCUCCAGAAGCAAGGACAAUGAAGAAGUGGUUGUUUGAGUCAGAGCAGCGGCUAUGGGACAGAUUCGAGUCAGUGUUUUGGGCCAUGUUCAAAGGCUCAUCAGAGGAUCUGAAUGAAAUCACCACAGUUGUCACAGUCUUCAUAAAGGCAGUCGUGGAGAUGGCAGAUAGCCUUUUGGACGAAGAUGAAGAAGACUGUCCCAAUCUGGUUCCAAUUGAAAUGUAUCCUAAAACAGGAAGUGCACGGAUACCAGUAACAAUCAUAACUGGAUAUUUAGGUGCUGGUAAAACAACACUUCUGAAUUACAUCCUAACAGAGCAGCACAACAAGAGAAUUGCAGUAAUCCUCAAUGAAUUUGGUGAAGGGAGUGCACUAGAGAAAUCACUGGCUGUGAGCCAAGCUGGAGAACUUUACGAGGAAUGGUUGGAGCUACGGAAUGGAUGCCUUUGCUGUUCUGUGAAGGACAAUGGUUUGAAGGCCAUCGAGAACCUCAUGCAGAAAAAGGGCAAGUUUGACUACAUUCUGCUAGAAACCACUGGUUUAGCUGAUCCAGGUGCUGUUUCAACCAUGUUUUGGGUCGAUGCAGAAUUGGGAAGUGAUGUUUACCUUGAUGGUAUUAUUUCUGUUGUUGAUGCAAAGUAUGGAAUGCAGCAUCUGACAGAAGAGAAACCUGGAGGCCUGGUUAAUGAAGCAGCCAGGCAGGUUGCCCUUGGUGACCUUAUUAUCAUUAAUAAAACUGACCUGGUUCAACAUGAGGAGCUGGUUAACCUGAAAACAGCUGUAAGGUCAAUCAAUGGACUUGCUAAAUUAAUUGAAACACAAAGAUCAAGAGUUGAACUUGCAGAGGUUCUUGAUUUGCAUGCUUUUGACAGCCAAGCCAGUGAAAGAUUGCAAGAAAGAUUAAGUCUUGUACAGAUGGCAGAACCUCACCUUGAUAAGAGUAUCAUUACGGUUACAUUUGAAAUUCCUGGCACCAUUUUUGAAGAGAACUUAAACAUAUACCUUCAGAAUCUGUUAUGGGAAAAGCACUUGAAGAAUAAAUCAGGGUGUACAAUGGAAAUAAUACGAUUAAAGGAAGAAACUUGGAUAAAGAAGUUCUUGAGGAAGUGUUUAUUGCAACUGUAUUGAAGCAAGGAGUGCCCAGCUGAAAUUUUAACAGAAAGUUUGAGGACUGUUGUAAUUUAACUGAAGAUCAUUGUUUUCUUAGUGGAGAUAAAAUUUUAUAUCCUUUCUCUCCUUGUUCUUGGUUUAUUUGAGCCAGUCCUCCAGGUGUUGAGAGGAAAGAUCUGUGUUGAGUUCUGAGUUAAUAUAAACUCCAGCAAUAGAGAUGUGUUACACACGACUAACUCAUUUCCACAGCAUCCCUAUCACAAAAGAGAAAACUUGUACUCCUUUAUUAUGGUCUCCUUAGAAAGUGAUGGAGUUACCAAAGAAAGAAAUGAAUGCCCGUAUUAUAAAGACACUUGAUGAAGGCCUUUCACCAUCCAGAUCAGUUACUAAUUUUGUAUUUUUACAGCGUUUAUUCCUUGACCAUGUCUGACUAUUGUGAAUUUUUGUACAGAGUAGUUAGUAAUGGGGAUUAGAACAUACAUAUGUUUUGCAUUAAAUACUCAGACCUCGGUCAGGUGUGGCAUAUACAGAGUAUAGCACAGUGACUGAUAAUUUUUCACUGACAAACCUGGAGAUGUUUGGCCCAAAGACAAUAUCACAGAGAGGAGUCUAAUGAGCUAGAUUCCAGCCUCCUGGUCCAAAUCCUGAGCAGUGUGUACCGAUGCUCAGUGUUGUGCCUCGUAUUGUGUUACUGAGGGACCUUUCCAUUUCUGUUAUUAGCCAUCCUGUAGGCGUCCCCUGAAAUUGCAUGUGUAAUGUUUAAUCUAUGCAGUAAUCCCAGGUAACUAAAAGAUGUUUACUUAAUUGCCAAAGUACAGUCGGUGGCUGCUUUGAUUUUUAUUCCUUCCAAUAAAAGGGCAGCAGCUUGCAGUCAGUUUCCUGGGUCAAUCUUUCAAGUUGUCGCCAGAUGUAGCCGAUCUUCUAGGUCCUUCCUCUCCCAGAGAUGAGGUCUUUGGAGCUUCUGUUGUUGUUUCUGUAGCACUGAGUCGUUACGGGAUGGGGUUUCUAGCCCCGUACCCAAACCUCCUCCUUUCACAGCUGGGCUUGGUACCAUCCAUGGCAGAGAUUUGCAAGUUCAUGAACAAUAAUUUUCUGCAAAUUCAUAUUUUUAGGUUUUUCACUGGUCUCUUCCUUGUCAAAUUGGGAUGAAAGUGAAAGAAUUAGCACCAACUGUGCUAGUUACAGGUGUCCAAUAUCAUUACAGAUAAAUACACUGUUUGGUGCAAAACUGUUACAUCCUAGGAGCUCUGAAUUGUUGAUUGUAAGGAAAACAUCUGUGCCAUCUGUUGUGCUGUCUAAUCAUACUCUCCAUAGUGUUUUAUUUUGCCUGCUAUAAAAUAAAAAUAAAGGACAUUAAAAGCCAAAAGCAUUUAUUUUUCUCUUGAACCAUGAACUCAAUUUACUGUUCUUUUUCUUCAUUGCAGGAACUGCAUCAUUCAGAAUGUUAUCUUUGGUAGGAAAGCUAGAAAGAAUUGCAUGAAAAUAUUAUAUGCAAUCAAAAGACUUAACACACUAGUUCUCAGAAGUACUUCAAAAACGAUUAUCAAUUCUCACCUAUUCAUACUUAGAACUGGAAUAAUGUAUCAAAUCAUUGAAAACAAAACUAAAAAAAUCGAUGUUCAUUGUUUCUGAGACCAAGACGGGAAGCAGAGAGAUAUUAAAAUUGGCUUGGAAGAAGCUGAGAAUUUUGAAGUCAACUACUGUAUAUUAAUGUUUUUUUGUUAUCCAACAGGAAAUAGUAUUGUCUUUUGAAUACUAAACCUGUAGCUAAAUUUAAAGAUGAAUUGUAUUAUUUUGCAGUACAAAGCUGAUAUUACAUUUA